UGUGCUGUGGCCGUCAUCAUCUUCAUCCUGGGACUGGGGACACUGCUGCCAUGGAGCUUCAUCAUCGCCACAGAGGUACCACAACUUCUCUGUCACACCCACCCACCCACACAGCAUCACUGACACGGAGGUACCACAGCUUCUCUACCUCAUCACAACCUGUCACACAGACUCACAACAAAAAUUGAUGAAUAUAACACAUUCAGGCAAUACGGUCUAAUAUUAGUUUGCUCUGUGAUGAGAGUAGAGGGCUUGAGCUAAUGUCACCUCUGUUCUCCCAUUGUUUUCUGCUGAAGUAUUUUGACGACCGACUCAAAGGGACCACGUCAAGUAAUGGAACGACCCCACUUACUAAAGACUACAAUUUUGCCAGCUGGAUGACUCUUCUAGCCCAGCUGCCCCUGUUCACCCUGGCCAACUCCUUCCUGUAUCAACGGUGAGCAACGUACUACAGGGUUUGAAUGGGAGGUAUAGUAUAGUAUAGUGGUCUAUCUCAACCGUAUUUUUCCUGUGUGGCGGUAGUAUCAAAGAGAAGGUCCGGAUUGCUGUCAAUAUGGUCUCCAUCCUCUUCCUCUUCCUCCUCACUGCCAUCAUGGUCAAGGUGCCCAUGCAGCCCCACAGCUGCUUCUCUAUCACCAUGGUAACUAUCUGGUUCAUCAACUGUGAGUUGGUUCCCGACCGUCUUCAUGUCUGUGGGUCCGGUUGCAUAUAAUGUAAUUAGUAAUCAUAUAAGUAGUAGCAUCAUUGUUUUGACUGUUUGCCUGAUGAAAAUGUGUUCUGAGGAGAUUUCAUGUGUAAAUACACCCAUUUCUCACACAUCCCCUCUCUCUCUAGCUUUUGGGGCAGUGCUCCAGGGCAGUCUGUUUGGGCUGGUGGGUCUGCUCCCCCCGAGGUACAGCACAUUGUUUAUGAGUGGUCAGGGAUUGGCAGGGAUCUUUGCUGCCCUGGCUAGUCUGUUCUCUAUCCUCAGUGAGUACUACCACCUCACUAUGCACAGUAGCAGUGAACACAAUGAUACACACACGCACAUUCAAUCAACAUGCCCUCCUUUAUACAGUAAUAGUCUCCCUAAAACAGGUAUUUUAUGGUAUUUGCUCAUAAUGUUAUUCAAAAAUGCCUUACUUUUCAUCAUAACAGGAAGGGCAGUUUCAAACUGUAGUAAACAUGUGUUGUGCUUCAUCUUCACUCAACCUAAUAAACUGCUCACCACAUCCUGUUUGGCAAGAAAUAUCUCAGCUGUGCCUGCCAGGAUAGAUUUUACCCUGUUAUUACGUAAAUUGUGUUUUCAUCCUGAUUAAUACUGAGUUUCUCUCUUCCACUCUGUGUAGGUAAAGCAGACAAGGCCAGUGCUGCUCUUGGGUACUUCAUAACCCCCUGUGUGGCAACACUGCUCACCCUGCUUAGCUACUUACUACUGCCACACCUGGUGAGUGGCUACAGCAGUGGCAUGACAGGAGGACAACAGCCAGUUCAUCUACUAUUGCUUAGGAUAUUACAGAGGAAUGUACUCAUAAGAUGUUAUGUUUUGUUCUGGGGGUUUGCCCGGUUUUACUUUGAGAAAAGUAAGUUUCAACAUGACCAACCUGAGACCACAGACGAGCUUCUCAAGGGAGCCGGUAGGUUUGGAACACUCUCUUCCAUCCGUCAACUAAGAGGAUCUACAGUGAGGGAAAAAAGUAUUUGAUCCCCUGCUGAUUUUGUAAGUUUGCCCACUGACAAAGAAAUGAUCAGUCUAUAAUUUUAAUGGUAGGUGAGAGACAUAAUUUUUUAACAGUGAGAGACAGAAUAACAACAAAAUCCAGAAAAACGCAUGUCAAAAAUGUUAGAAAUUGAUUUGCAUUUUAAUGAGGGAAAUAAGUAUUUGACCCCCUCUCAAUCAAAAAGAUUUCUGGCUCCCAGGUGUAUUUUAUACAGGUGCACAGUCUUAAAGGGAGUGCUCCUAAUAUCAGCUUGUAUAAAAGACACCUGUCCACAGAAGCAAUCAAUCAAUCAGAUUCCAAACUCUCCACCAUGGCCAAGACCAAAGAGCUCUCCAAGGAUGUCAGGGACAAGAUUGUAGACCUACACAAGGCUGGAAUGGGCUACAAGACCAUCGCCAAGCAGCUUGGUGAGAAGGUGACAACAGUUGGUGCGAUUAUUCGCAAAUGGAAGAAACACAAAAGACCUGUCAAUCUCCCUCACCCUGGGGCUCCAUGCAAGUCUCACCUCAUGGAGUUGCAAUGAUCAUGAGAACGGUGAGGAAUCAGCCCAGAACUACACGGGACGAUCUUGUCAAUGAUCUCAAGGCAGCUGGGACCAUAGUCACCAAGAAAACAAUUGGUAACACACUACGCCGUGAAGGACUGAAAUUCUGCAGCGCCCGCAAGGUCCCCCUGCUCAAGAAAGCACAUAUACAGGCCCGUCUGAAGUUUGCCAAUGAACAUCUGAAUCAUUCAGAGGAGAACUGGGUGAAAGUGUUGUGGUCAGAUGAGACCAAAAUCGAGCUCUUUGGCAUCAACUCAACUCGCCGUGUUUGGAGGAGGAAUGCUGCCUAUGACCCCAAGAACACCAUCCCCACCGUCAAACAUGGAGGUGGAAACAUUAUGCUUUGGGGGUGUUUUUCUGCUAAGGGGACAGGACAACUUCACCGCAUCAAAGGGACGAUGGACGGGGCCAUGUACCGUCAAAUCUUGGGUGAGAACCUCCUUCCCUCAGCCAGGGCAUUGAAAAUGGGUCGUGGAUGGGUAUUCCAGCAUGACAAUGACCCAAAACACACGGCAAAGGCAACAAAGGAGUGGCUCAAGAAGAAGCACAUUAAGGUCCUGGAGUGGCCUAGCCAGUCUCCAGACCUUAAUCCCAUAGAAAAUCUGUGGAGGGAGCUGAAGGUUCGAGUUGCCAAACGUCAGCCUCGAAACCUUAAUGACUUGGAGAAGAUCUGCAAAGAGGAGUGGAACAAAAUCCCUCCUGAGAUGUGUGCAAACCUGGUGGCCAACUACAAGAAACGUCUGACCUCUGUGAUUGCCAACAAGAGUUUUGCCACCAAGUACUAAGUCAUGUUUUGCAGAGGGGUCAAAUACUUAUUUCCCUCAUUAAAAUGCAAAUCAAUUUAUAACAUUUUUGACAUGCGUUUUUCUGGAUUUUUUUGUUGUUAUUCUGUCUCUCACUGUUCAAAUAAACCUACCAUUAAAAUUAUAGACUGAUCAUGUCUUUGUCAGUGGGCAAACGUACAAAAUCAGCAGGGGAUCAAAUACUUUUUCCCCCUCACUGUACAAGAUAAGACAUAAUACAUAUCAGUCUUAUCCCCGCCUCACGAAAAAAAGCACCGGCUUUGCUGAUAACUACCUUAGAGGAAAAAUGUACUUACUACAACUGUGAUAUAUGGUUGUCUCACCUAGCGAUCUUAAGAUGAAUGCACUAACUGUAAGUCACUCUGGAUAAGAGCGUCUGCUAAAUGGCUAAAAUAGGGGUGUCAAACUCAUUCCACGUGUCUGCGGGUUUUCGGUUUUUCCUUUCAAUUAAGCCCUAGACAACCAGGUGAGGGGAGUUCGUUACUAAUCAGUGACCUUAAUUAAUCAAUCAAGUACAAAGGUGCAGCGAAAACCUGCAGACACUCGGCCCUUCGUGGAAUAAGUUUGACACAUGGACUAAAAUGUCAACAUUUAAAACUAUUAACGGGGCCUCCUGAGUGGAGCAGCGGUCUAAGGCACUGCAUCGCAGUGCUAGAGGCGUCACUAGAGAUCCGGGUUCGAUCUCGUCCGGGUUAGGGGAGGGUUUGGCCGGUUGGGAUGUCCUUGUCCCAUCGCACUCUAGCGACUCCUUAUGGAGCUGUACAGUGUUUCCUCCGACACAUUGGUGCGGCUGGCUUCCGGGUUAAGCGGGCAGUGCGUCUUGUUUCGUAGGACGCAUGGCUCUCGACCUUCGCCUCUCCCGAGUCCGUACAGGAGUUGCAGCGAUUGGACAAGACUGUAACUACCAAUUGGAUAUCACGAAAAGGGGUAAAAAUCCCCCACAAAAAAACAAUUAACAAAUACCAUAUAGAGGAGCUAUUCAUAGUUAAUUCAUUUACAUUUACAUUUUAGUUAUUUAGCAGACGCUCUUAUCCAGAGCGACUUACAGUUAGUGAAUGCAUACAUUUUCAUACUGCCCCCCCAUGGGAAACGAACCCACAACCCUGGCGUUGCAAGCGCCAUGCUCUACCAACUGAGCUACAGGGGACAUGAAGUGUUAUGUGAAGUGAUUUAAUACUAAGUAUAGUUACAGUAUGUUUUCUAAACUAAAAGGCCUAAAACUAUAAGUACUGACUAUUUUCUCACUUCCUCUGAAAGACAAAGAAAAAAUAGCGUUGGUCAAUGGCGACCUGAAUGGCUUCAACAAUAAACCCAUAAUAACCAAUGGUGAUCUUGAUGCCAGUGGGACCAAAGAAGCCCUGUUCAUGAUGGCGCAUCUGUCUUGGCAGUCUUCAAAAAGGUACCUUGUCCUGUAUCCAACUGUCAUUCAAAUCUCAAUUCAAAUACUAUUAUUUUCUAACACUUUGUUUGAUACUGUUGUACAGAUUUGGCAGAUGGCCCUCUGUGUGACGUGUGUGCUGGCUGUCACACUGUCAGUUUUCCCUGCUGUCACAGUAAAAGUGAAGAGUGUGUAUGUAAACAAGGAGUGGGGUGAGCAAACAUUUGGGAUAAUAAUACAUAAUAGCCUAGUUAUGUCCAGUUAAGACAGUUGUGGUUGAAUAAAGCAGAUAGGGCGUGGGAUUUAACUUUUUUAGCAUGGCUGUGCUGCAGUUGUAAAUACGAGGCGGAGCCGAUUGGCAGCCGAACAAAGUGCAUUACACCUGUAUAUCUGUCUUUCAGACCGAUACUUUCUCUGUGUCUGCUGCUUCAUCGUCUUUAACGUCAUGGACCUGAUUGGCCGCAGUGUCACCUCUAUGGUUCAGUGGGUGAGUGACGUCUGCCCUUUGUCCCCCUCCUUUACUACCAGUUACUGCAAUAAAUAGCUGCUCCAAUACCUCAAACAUGUUUCUCUGCCUAACGGUGUCUGUCUCUGUUUGUCUUUAUCCGUCCACAGCCCUCAAAGAGAAGCGGUCUGUUCCCUGUGCUCGUGGUGUCCCGUGUGAUCUUCAUCCCUCUCAUCAUGCUGUGCAAAACUGACAACCGCCAGUACCUGCCUGUCCUGUUCUCCCAUGACGUUGCCUUUGUUGUCAUCAUGACAUUAUUCGCCCUGUCCAAUGGAUACUUCGUCUGUCUCUGCAUGUCACCUCAGUGAGUCACCAAAUCUACCUGAAUUUAUUCAACAGUUUUGUCAAAUUUUUCCCUUAACUGUUUUUGUUUAAUUCAAUGUAACUUGUUAUUACGUUGUAGUGACAAUUUGGGCAGUUUGUUCCACAGUAUCAUACUCCUGAGUGGCGCAGUGGUCUAAGGCACUGCAUCACAGUGCUAGCUGUGCCACUAGAGAUCCUGGUUCGUAUCCAGGCUCUGUCGUAGCCGGCCGCGACCGGGAGACCCAUGAGGCGGCACACAAUUGGCCCAGCGUCGUCCAGGGUAGUGGAGGGAUUCCCACGGGGGGCCAGUAUGAAAAAAAAAUAAUGUAUGCACUCACUAACUGUAUGUCGCUCUGGAUAAGAGCGUCUGCUAAAUGACUCAAAUGUAAAUGUUAAAAUGUAUCUGACCUGUUCUCUUCCGCAGGUUGGUGAGGGCUAAAGACUGUGAGACAGCAGGGGUCUUGAUGACCUUCUUCUUGGCUCUGGGUCUGUCUCUAGGGGGCAGCUCUUUCUUUCCUCCUGCGGAACCUGCUCUAGAGGCUCCUCACACCUUCAAAACCUCCAACCAAACCAAGUCUGACUGUCACAAUACUCAAAAAUGUAUUAUGAAUAUUUAUGAUUUACUCACUGAAGGGAACUAGAUUAGACACAUCUUCCUUAAUGCCAAUGCAAAGUAUAUGGAUAUUUAAAAUGAAGAAAGGUUAUUGUACACUGAUCUACACUGAACAGAAAUAUCAACACAACGUGCAACAAUUUCUAAGAUUGUACUGAGUUACAGUUCAGUCAACUGAAAUAAAAUCAUUAGGCUCUAAUCUAUGGAUUUCAUAUGACUGGGAAUACAUAUAUGCAUCUGUUGGUCACAGAUUCCUUACAAAAAAAAGUAGGGGCGUGGAUCAGAAAACCAGUCAGUAUCUGGUGUGACCACAUUUGCUUCGUGCAGCUCGACACAUCUCCUUUGCAUAGAGUUUAUCAGGCUGUUGAUUGUGGCCUGUGGAAUGUUGUCCCACUCCUCUUCAAUGUGAGAAGUUGCUGGAUAUUGGCGGGAACUGGAACACACUGAUGUACACAUCGACCCAGAGCAUCCCAAGCAUGCUCUUAGGGGGACAUGUCUGGUGAGUAUGCAGGCCAUGGAAGAACUGGAACAUUUUCAGCUUGCAGGAACUGUGUACAGAUCCUUUUGACAUGGGGCUGUGCAUUAUCAUGCUGAAACAUGAGGUGAUGCCGGCAGAUGAAUGGCACAACAAUGGACCUCAGGAUCUCAUCACGGUAUCUCUGUGCAUUCAAAUGGCCAUCAAUAAAAUGCAAUUGUUUGUUGUCCGUAGCUUAUGCCUGUCUAUACCAUAACCCCACCGCCACCAUGGGGCACUCUGUUCACAACGUUGAUAUCAGCAAACCGCUCGCCCACACGACGUCGUACACGCUACGCUGUCUGCCAUCUGCCCGGUACAGUUGAAACUGGGAUUCAUACGUGAAUAGCACACUUCUCCAGCCUGCCAGUAGCCAUCGAAGGUGAUCAUUUGCCUACUGACGUCGGUUAUGACGCCGAACUGCAGUCAGGACGACGAGCACCAGAUGAGUUUCACUGAGACAGUUUCUGACAGUUUGUGCAGAAAUUCUUCGGUCGUGCAAACCGACAGUUUCAUCAGCUGUUCGGGUGGCUGGUCUUGGACAAUCCCUUAGGUGAAGAAGCCGGAUGUGGAGGUCCUGGGCUGGUGUGGUUACACAUGGUCUGUGGUUGUGAGGCCGAUGGACGUACUGCCAAAUUCUCAAACGACGUUGGAGAGAAAUGAACAUUCAAUUCGUUGGCAACAGCUCUGGUGGACAUUCCUGCAGCCAGCAUGACAAUUGCAGGCUCCCCUCAAAACUUGAGACAUCUGUGUCAUUGUAUUGUGACCUUUUAUUGUCCCCAGCACAAGGUGCACCUGUGUAAUGAUCACGCUGUUUAAUCAGCUUCUUGAUAUGCCACACCUAUCAGGUGGAUGGGUGAUCUUGGUAAAGGAGAAAUUAUCCAUAACAGUGAUGUAAACAAAUAUAUGUGCACAAAUUUAGAGAGAAAUAUGCUUUUUGUAUGUAUGGAACAUUUCUGGGAUCUUUUAUUUCAGCUCAUGAAACAUGGGACCAACACUUUACAUGUUGCGUUUAUAUUUUUGUUCAGUGUAUAUACAGUAUAUCUAUAUAUAAGGUAUAUAUAUUUUUUUAUACUUAUUUAUUAUAUUCCUUUUUACUGUAUUGUUUUUGCAUUUCAUGAUCAUUUAAAUGCCUUUUAUACACAAUAAUUCAGCCUUUGUCUGGGGUCUAUGACAGACAUCAUGUAUUUCAUUCAUUCCGAUGGUUAGAAAAAUAAAAAGGAACAACUUUUGAAUAAAGACAAAGAAUGUUUUUCCUUUGUCUCUCUUCCGUCUGUUAGCUAAUGCAGGCAGCAGGGCAGUAAAUAUGGUACCUAAUGUCAAACUCCAUGAGCUCUUGUCCAAGGAGCCGUUUCAUGCUUGUCCUGACGAGAGGACAGUUAAAUGAGUAUCGACAGCGUAACUUCUCAAAGCAUGCACUGAUAUAGGAUGGUAGAGAGAUGCAACAUAGCAUUUGAACGUGAUCAAACACUUGUAUCAUUUGAUACAGUAGUCAAACCAUGUUGUCUUAGUCAGGGUUCCUCCCAUAGAGUUAUGCCUAUAUGUCUAGGCUAUGUCAGGUUCCUCAUAGUGAUCAGUAUCCUCCCAGGCCUCCUGUGUCUCCUCCUCUAGGUGUAAGUCCUGGCCCUGUUCCUGGAGCAUAGCCUUGCUCCACAGCAGAACCUCGUCCAGCCCAGCCUGCUCCAGGAUUAGGGAGAAACGCUGCUCUGCCUCCCUCCGGGCC